UAACAAAAAGCAGCCAAUCAGCAUUCGCUGAGCCACACACAGGCUAAUAUCCCGCCUCGGCGCUCAGUGUAUGAAGUGGAUGGAGUAUGAGUCGGAUCGCUGAUGAAUGCUAAACUUUGCCGUUUGCUGUAUAAUUAUUCUUCUGUUACGGGUGUUGUGCGUCUUUUCAAAAAGGAGAUGCAAAGCAGCCGUAAGGUUUACAAGAUGGUCCACACUGGAAAGAAACCAUUCACAUGUACGCAGUGUGGUAAGACCUUCACACAGUCAUCAUCCGUUAAUAGACAUAUGAUGAUCCACACUGGAGAGAGACCGUUCACAUGCACACGGUGCGGUAAGAGUUUCACACGAUCAUCAAACCUUAAUGAACACAUGAUGAUCCACACCGGAGAGAAACCGUUCAGGUGUAAUCAGUGUGGGAGGAACUUCAGACAAUCGUCGCACCUUUAUCAACACAUGGUGAUCCACACUGGAGAGAAGCCACACAGAUGUGAUCAAUGCGGUCAAACAUUUACAAGGGGUUCACUUCUGAAGAUCCAUCUAAUGGUUUCUCAUUCAAAUAAUAAUCCGUAUUCAUGUUCUGUGUGUGGAAAGAGCUGUACACGGCAGUCGAGUUUAAGAAAACAUCAGAAGAUCCACACUGGUGUGAGAGAGCAUGUCUGCUUUGAGUGUGAGAAGACUUUUGUUACAGCUGAUGAUUUGAAACGGCACCAAAGGACUCACACUGGAGAGAAACCGUACAUGUGUUCACACUGCGGCAGGAGAUUCAAUCAGAUAUGUAACCUGAAAGCACAUGAGAGGACUCACUCAGUAAUUUGCUAGCCUGACUUGCAUAUAUUGUUUUUCUUUUAGCGUUUCUCAUGAUAACCAGGGCCUGGUUUUUCAAAAGGUUUAAUCCGGAUAAAAUUGAUGUGGAUUUAGUAAUCCUUUUUUUGUGAUCACGUAAUCCAGAUUAGUUUUUAGAGCCAGUUUUUCAAAGCAACAUUGGAUU